AUUGCUACAACCUCCAAAUGCCUCCUCAGUCCUCCCCCUCUCUCCCGUAUAAAAUCCACGAAAACGUCUCUCCCCGGCGACCUCGCGCUCUCCGGGUUCAAUAAACUGUCGCAAGGCUCUUGUCGAAAUGCUCACGGACUACAGCUUCAAGACGCACUCCGCAAACUCUCUACGCAUAUUCAAAAUCGGCACCCUGGAACUGGUACACCAUGUCCAUCGAAUUCAUUUCUCAGAGCAAGGAAUCAACUGAAACCCUAGAAGCCAACCUCAGAAUCAUCCAACCAUGGCGAAGAGACAGUCCUGGACAAUCGACCCCGACCUCGACGGCAUUGACCUCGAACCCGAAGAUUUUAGGGCCUCAAUUCCCCUUAAGAAGGUUCCCGCAGGGGACGUCUUCGAGGCGUCUCGAGCUGGUGACGUCGAGAGGCUCCGGUACCUGCUCGAGUCUGGUGUGAAUGUGAAUGCUCGCGAUCAAUGGGACUCUGUGGCGCUGUACUACGCGUGCUUGGCGGGCCAUCUCGAUGCGGCACGGAUGCUUUUGGAGAGCGGUGCAAUAUGCUCGGAGCAUACGUUUGAUGGGGAUCGAUGCCAUUACGCGGCGCUCAAUCUGAAGGUGAGAAAAUUGUUGAAGGCGUUCGAGGCUCGCCCGCCCCCUCUGGGGCCGUUGCAGGCUGCAUUGAGGGAUACGUUCAUAGCAUGUCGUGCGAAUCGGGCUUAUCUUGAGCAGUCGGAUAGUAAUUUUCACCUUCCAGGUCUUACAUCCAAUGGGGGACUCAGUUCCGACCAUUUCCCUCCAGAUGUUGUAUUUUAUGUGCAAGGUAGGCCUAUUGAGGCUCACAGAAUCAUAUUAAGUGCUCGAUCACCAUUCUUUAAGAAGAAAUUUGAGACUGAUUGGAAAGAUCGCGUAGAAGUUAGGUUCUCAAGGGAAAAGUUGUCUUAUCCUGCUCUUUACAGUUUAAUCCACUUCUUCUAUUCUGAUAGAUUGGAGAUUGCAGUAGAUGACAUGGAGGAUCUUGUUAGAAUUUGCAAAGUCUGCAAAUGUGAAACAUUACAGAGAGUUAUUGAGAAAGAACUGAUUCAUCAAAAAUAUGCAGAAUACAAAGCACUGAGAGAUGUCGACAGCUCUCAGAGACGGUUUAUUUUACAAGGUUUGUCCCUUCCUGAGGAAAACCGACUUCCUGCUGCCUUGCACAGAGUUCUUCAAAUUUCCCUUGCUAAUUCCACGAGCUGUGAGGACCAAGAUAGUGGUGUGGAUAAAUUAGUAUCUUCUGUUGAUGCCAUGCAUAUUAAUGAAUCCAUGGAUGAUCUUUCGGAUGUGUGUGUAAAAGUUAAUAAAAGGAUUUUUCGAUGCCAUCAAGUGGUCUUAGCAUCCAGGUCAGAGUACUUCAAAGCCAGAUUAUUCCAUAUGAAGGAUUUUCUUGAAGGGAAAGAUGGGUUAGCUGGUUAUACUCUUCACUGUCUUGAAGAACAGGAUCUUAGCAUGGGGGCAUUUGAGAAAAUGAUCGAGUAUAUGUACACUGAUGGUUUGAGGGAUAUAGACCCAGAUCAGGCAGAGGAAAUGUUCGAUGCUGCUUCAAGAUAUUUAUUAUUUCCUCUUAAGCGUGCAGUAGCUGAUGUACUUCUGCCGCACCUAGAAAUGGUCUCACCUGCUGAACUGUGUCAUUGGCUGAUAUUGUCGGAUAUGUAUGGUGUUUUGAAGAUAAGAGAGUAUUGUCUGGAUAUGAUUGCUUGCAACUUUGAAACUUUUGCUGAUACACGUGAGUUCAGGGCGAUGCUUUUGUUGCUUCCACCACCAUCUGGAGAUUCUUCUCUUCGCACAACUGUUCCAAGUGCUCCAGGUGCUAUGGUGAAUACUACUGACCAAGGAAAUCUUCUUGAUGAUUUGCGAGAUAAAUGGCUUGAGGUUGAAGCUGCUGAGCUUGAUAAAAGAGAUGAGAGUGCAUUGCUUUUUGACAAGCGCCUUGAAAUGCUUAUGCUGUUGGCAGAACAAGAGAAGUCUGAUACCCUGGCUGAUGAUGUUCACGGUUGCCCUACGUGAACUGCAUUUCUACCUGCCCCUUCCCUUACAAUUGGCACAGCCUGCAAAGCAAGCCUGCUGGACUGAAGGAACUUAUAUAUGGAGGAGCAUGGGCUGGACAUUGAACAGGAGUGAAGCUAAGCCUGACGCCAAGCGGCAAAAAGAAAAGAGAACGUGAAGUACCUUCUAAAUUUUUUCUCAUAGUUGGCACCUUGUAAUUGUGGUAUGGAAAUGGCAGGCAUCUUCAUCAAAUAUUGCUGUGCAUUAAAUGAUGUUUUAAUUUAAAGGGCAAAAGAUACUUUUCUUGGGGUUUGGCAAAAA